CAUUCCAUAUAUUCGUGUGUUAGUAAUAGUUUACUCAUAAUAUGAAUAUUAUUUAGGAUUAUGAUUUUAAUUAAGUUAGUGCAAACAGUCAGCAGAGCAGGUGCGAAAUAAUUGAAAACAUAAUUGCAACACCAAAAAGUGAAUAUUUGUGAGUGAAAACGAGCGACGACGCCUAACGCCUAAAAUACAACAAAAAAUCGAGGCAUAAUCCGCUGGCUUUGUGUGCACGAAAGGGAGAGGGAGAGUGACUAGGGAACCAAGCAGCCAGCAGAAGACGGAGAAGGAGAGAGGGCGACUUGCUAAUUUAUUCGCAGCAACUCAAAUAACCAUUGUAAGCAAAAGUUCCACUGUGCUUCCAACACAGCAACAGCAACAACAACUGAUAAAAUACAUGGAAAGACAGACGUGAGCGUCAAGUGCUUUAACGCCGGGGCGAGAAUUAAAUAACAAGUAACAAAAGAAGCAACAAAAACAACAACUAUAAACUCUACGUACAACAACAGCAAUAACAAUAGAGAGAGAGCUUAUCACACAUACACACACCCGCAGCUUCAGCAGAACAACAGUUUAUCAUAUUGUUUAAGCAACCGGCGGCAGCAAGCAGCAGCAGCAAUAAUCAGCAUCAGGCACACAGGCAGGCAGCGCUGUGGGAGUGAGAGAGAGCGAGAUAGGCACACGCCAGUGUAUGUGUGUGGGUGUGUCUGUGUGUGCAUGUGCGUGUAUGUGGGAGCAAGGCACAAACACGACGGCAAACAACACCACCGGCAGCGGCAGUAACAACAACAACAACUACAACCGCAACUACAACAAUAGCAACAAGCAGUAACGAAAUUUUUUUUUGCAUUGUUCCGCAACUUGGACGCCGAUUAACAAUAAAUUAAAACACCAACAACUACAAGCAGUAGAAGCAGCAGCAGCAGCAGCUCCAAAAUGGCACGCCACUUUGAUCAUAUGUUCAAGUUGCUUAUAAUUGGCGACAGCGGUGUGGGCAAAUCCUCGCUUCUUAUACGCUUCUCAGAUGACACAUUCUCGGGCAGUUAUAUAACGACAAUUGGCGUGGACUUUAAGAUACGCACGGUGGUCAUCGAUGGACUGCGUGUCAAGCUGCAGAUUUGGGAUACCGCUGGCCAGGAACGUUUUCGCACCAUCACCAGCACCUACUAUCGAGGCACGCAUGGAGUGAUCAUUGUUUACGAUGUGACGAAUGGCGAUUCCUUUGCGAAUGUGCGACGCUGGCUCGAGGAGAUCCAAAACAAUUGCGAUGUCGUCAACAAAGUAUUAGUGGGCAAUAAAAACGAUGAUCCGGAUCGAAAGGUUGUCAUUACGGAGGAUGCGGAACGAUUUGCGCGACAAAUGGAUAUUCAGCUGUUCGAGACAUCCGCCAAAGAUAACCUCAACGUUGAGGAUAUGUUUCUGUCGAUAACGCGGCAGGUGCUCAGUCAUAAGCUGCGCACCGCCUCCGAUGAGCAGCAAAAGGAUCGCAUUGUCGUGAGCAACAAGAAGGGCAAUCGGAAAUCCAAUAAAUGUUGCAGUUGAAAGCGGCGUCGUUGCAGUCGAAUCUUGAUGAGAAUAUGUUGUGGUGGCGCGUAGUACAGGUUCAUAAUGGCACACACAUACACACACACACAAACAGAUAGACCAACAUGUAGUUUACACACACACACACACACAAGACAAGUUUUUUUUUUUGUUUUAAUUUUUGUAAUGCCUCAGAGCCGUAAAAGAGAAAAGAAAAAUUAUGAAAAUGUAAAGCGCAAUUAAUUGUAUUUAGCAAUUUAUAUACAUAUUAUAUACAUAUAUAUAAAUUCGAUAUGUAUAUAUAUAUUUGUGUAUAUAUAUACAUAUAUGUAUCUCGAUAUACGUAUAUCUAUAUAUAUUAUAUAUAAAUAUACAUAAAGAUGAGAAAAAAAAACAACAAAAAAAGAAAAAAACAAAACAAAACAAAUUGCAUAUUUAUACAAGAAUAUAUUUAUAUUUGAAACAGAAACAAAAAACAAAAACAAACAAAAUCGUAUUUACAAUAUUAUAUUAUAAUACUAAAUAAUGAUAACGAUAAUUGAAACAAUAAUUGCGAUUAUACGCAGCAGCUGAGAAAACGAGACAGAAUGAGAACAAAACCAACAAAUGAUCUAUGAUUAUUAUACGUUUCAUCGUUGUAUUAUUAUUUAUCAAUUUUGUGCGACAAAAAAUGGCAUUUUGUACAACACUUUCGCCAAGGAAACUAUUUUUAACAACCCCCCUCCUAAAACUGAAACUGAUAUUUGCCACAGCCACACACACACACACUCACACACACAUAUAGUUCAGUUAUCAGAUGAAUUUUUGAUAUGUGUAGUAUUCGAUCAUCAAUCAAACUUCACUUCCAAUUUUGAUAUUUGACCACCUCCUUGCACUUACCACUUAGUUAUGUUCAAUUUAUCAAUUAUAUAUUGUGUAAUUAAUAUAAUUAUUAUUAUAUAUA